AUGGACUACCAAAAUCGGGCAGGAUCCAAGUUUGGCGGUGGUGGUGUUGCCUCUCAUUCCGCUACCAAUGCAGACCGUCGAGAACGACUACGAAAACUUGCUCUUGAAACAAUCGACCUCGACAAGGAUCCCUACUUUUUCAAAAACCACGUCGGCUCCUUCGAAUGUCGUCUGUGUCUCACGGUUCACCAAAAUGACGGCUCCUACCUCGCUCAUACCCAAGGAAGAAAACAUCAGACAAACCUUGCAAGACGGGCAGCGCGGGAACAAAAGGAGUUACAGAAAGAUGGACAGAUGCUAGGUGCGGGUAUGAUGGGUGUGCAAGUGCGCAAGAACAUGGUCAAGAUUGGCCGCCCUGGAUACAAAAUCACAAAGAUUCGGGAUCCUCUGACACGACAGGUUGGGUUACUGUUUCAACUCCUAUACCCAGAAAUUUCUCCUGGCGUGGAACCCAGAGUCCGAUUCAUGAGCGCGUUUGAGCAAAAGAUUGAAGACCCUCCCGACAGAGACUACCAGUACCUGUUGGUGGCCGCAGAGCCUUAUGAGACGUGUGCUUUCAAACUACAAAGUCGCGAGGUUGAUCGACGAGAAGGUCGGUAUUGGACGUGGUGGGAUGCGGACGCAAAGGAAUUUUGGUGCCAGGUCCUCUUCAAGACUGAGCGGGACGAAAGAUACAGCAAUGUUCCUGGAAUGGCCCCAGCUAUCAAGAGAUGA